AUGUUGUACAUUCACGCCACCAUCAUCACAGUCGACCAAACCCGCCGGAUCGUGUCCAAUGGGGCCAUCUGCGUGCAUGGGAGUCGAAUCAAAGACAUCGACAAAACCCCGAUCCUCCUGCAGCGAUACCCCGAGGAGGAACAAUAUGAUCUGCGCGGACACAUUGUCAUCCCGGGCCUGAUUUCCACCCACCUCCACAGCGUCCAGGCGCUAUUUCGAGGCACGGCGGACAACCUCACGCUCCAGCCAUGGCUGUGCCAGCGCAUUCUUCCCUUGCAGAGGACCGUCACCGCGCAGGACGCCCAGUCCGCCGUGCGACUCACCGUGGCGGAGCUGCUCAAGUCAGGCACUACCUGUUUCUUGGAAAGCAUGUUCUUUGCGCAUCACGAUUUCGACGCCCUGUGUCGGAUUGUCCAAGAAUCCGGAAUCCGCGGCUGUCUCGGACACGCCGUCCUCUGUCCAUCCACUUACCCCGCUCAUGUUGCAGACGGUCUAUCGAUCGACCGGGCGGUCGAGGCCUGGCGGAGAUGGCAUGGGGCCGCCGACGACCGGAUUCGCGUAUGGUUCGGUGCCUGCACGCCGGGAUUGGCCACGGAGGACCAAAUCCGCGAGUUGACCUCGGUAUCACGCGACUUGAACAUCCCAAUCACCAUUCACCUAGCAGAAACCCACGCCAACAGGGCCUAUCUGUGCACCAAGGCCUCCAACCCCAUAGCCUACGCCGAGCAGGUAGGACUACUAACGCCCAAGACCGUCCUCGCCCACGCGGUGCACCUAGUCAAUGAUGACGACGGCCCCUCCGCCCUAGAUCGCCUGGCACGCUCCGGGGCCCAAGUAGCCCACUGCCCGACCUCCAACGCCAAGCUCACCUCCGGGACUAGCCCCGUCCCCCAAAUGCUAGCCGCCGGCAUCCCCGUCAGUCUAGGGACCGACGGCGUCGCAUGCCACAACACGUGCGAUCUGCUGCAGGAGAUGAAAUUCGCGACGCUGGUGCACCGCGUCACGGGGGGGAGCGCGACCGCGCUGACGGCAGAGACGGCGCUGGAGAUGGCCACCGUGCACGGGGCGAUCGCGCUGGGGUUGCAGGACGAGAUUGGGAGCCUUGAGGUCGGGAAAAAGGCGGACUUUGUAGCUGUUGAUGCGGACCAGGUUCACUUGCAGCCGGCGCUGGAUCCGGUCAGUACGAUUGUGUAUGCGGCGACGGGGCGCGAUGUGAGUGUUGUUGUUGUUGAUGGGCGGGUGGUGGUGGACAAGGGACGGCUGCUCAGCUUGGAUGAGUCUGCCAUUGUGCGCGACGCGAAGCAGAGGGGUCGUGACCUUGUCAAUCGCGCGGGUUUGGAUGAGGUUGUCCGGUCACCGUGGCCGUUGGUAUAG